CUUGAGCUUGAGGUAAGCGGCGGCAAGCGCGAGAGGGUGAAGAUGACAUUUGUGUAACGCGAACUGCUGAGGGAAAACAGAAGGACGAAUUUAUGUUAUUUACCACGCUUUCUCUUCGAGCUAAUCGCGCUGUUAUUGUGUGAAUGUUGAUGUUGAUUUAGAAGGCGCUGGUGAACGUUAUUGGACAGUAUUUUUUUCUCUGAGCGAGACUCUGAGAGUGCAAGGGGGCGGGUGUCUCGCGCUCGCCUCGCGUAGCCUCACAGGCUCUCAUGAAACGAACACACGUACGAUUUACUUAUACAUUUUAUCGCUUAUUUUCAGGAUCUUCUGGAUAAAACACACUGAAAUCGAUGCGAAGCCUAUUUAUCGCUUAUAACACGCUCGGGUAUUUUCGGUUUUAGUCGUGUUUUCUUUUUUUUUUUGCUUCCCUCAGUCUAGCGUUCGUUCGUCGGAUUCGAUAUGAAUUCCAGUCCGCUUCCAAACGGCAGACUCCUGCCGGACAGCCAGAGCUGGAACUCAUCCGGUUCCGAUGAGGACCUGGACACCGAACCGGGACCCGGACCGCACGGAGGAGUGGCGGAAUUCAGCGGGGUGCUCAGUAAGUGGACAAACUACAUUCACGGCUGGCAGGACCGCUGGGUCGUCCUGAAGAACAACACCUUGAGUUACUACAAAUCCCAGAAUGAGCGGGAAUAUGGCUGCCGCGGUUCCCUCUGCCUCAGCAAGGCUGUCAUCACACCUCAUGAGUUUGACGAGUGCCGGCUGGACAUCAGUGUCAAUGACAGUGUGUGGUAUCUCCGCGCUCAGGACCCAGAACAUCGGAACCAAUGGAUCGACUCCAUUGAGCUGCACAGGGCUGAGUCUGGCUAUGGGUCCGAGUCCAGUUUGAGGAGACAUGGAUCCAUGCUCUCCCUCACAUCUGCCACCAGCGGAUACUCUGCCACCUCUACUUCCUCCUUUAAGAAGGGUCACAGUCUACGCGAGAAGCUGGCAGAGAUGGAGACAUUUCGUGACAUCCUGUGCAGACAGGUGGACACACUGCAGAAGUACUUUGAUGGCUGCGCUGAUGCAGUGAAUAAAGAUGAGCUUCAGAGAGACAAAAUUGUGGAAGAUGAUGAAGAUGAUUUCCCUACAACUCGUUCCAAUGGAGAAUUCCUGCAUAACAACAACGGCAGCAAAGAGAAACUGUUCCAGUGUCUGAGUCACAAAGGUAUUAACGGGGUGGAUUUUAAAGGAGAGGCCAUCACGUUCAAGGCGACCACUGCAGGAAUCUUGGCCACUCUCUCUCACUGUAUUGACCUGAUGAUGAAGAGAGAAGACAGCUGGCAGAAGAGACUGGAUAAGGAGGUUGAGAAGAGGAGGAGGGUGGAGGAAGCGUAUAAAUCAGCCAUGUCUGAGCUCACGAAGAAGUCUCAUUUUGGAGGACCUGAUUAUGAGGAAGGUCCAAACAGUCUGAUCAAUGAGGAUGAGUUCUUUGAUGCAGUGGAGGCCGCUCUGGACAGACAAGACAAAAUAGAAGAACAGUGUGAUAAGAGCAGGAUACAGAGGAGCAACUCAGUGCCUUUAGGAGACGUUUACUCCACGGUGGGCUCUCACCGAUUCGCGGAGAAACCCCCCUCUCCUCCCUGCUCUCCCUCAUCUUCUGCUGUUGUCUUCACUCCCUUCCUCCAUGAGCACAGAUUCAGUGCUGAGGUGGAGGAGAUGGUUAAGAGUCACAUGACCUACUCCUUGCAGGAUGUCGGUGGAGAUGCUAACUGGCAGCUUGUGGUGGAAGAGGGAGAGAUGAAGGUGUACAGGAGAGAGGUGGAGGAGAACGGAAUCGUGCUGGACCCUCUGAAGGCCACACACUCAGUCAAAGGGGUCACGGGUCAUGAAGUCUGUCACUACUUCUGGGACACGGACGUCCGUAAUGACUGGGAGACUACUGUUGAAAACUUCAACACUGUGGAAACGUUGUCCGAUAAUGCCAUCAUCAUCUACCAGACUCACAAGAGGGUGUGGCCAGCGUCUCAGAGAGAUGUCUUAUAUUUGUCUGCCAUUCGUAAGAUUAUAGCCUAUAAUGAAAAUGAUCCUGACACAUGGAUUGUCUGCAACUUUUCUGUCGACCAUGAAAAUGCCCAGCCAAACAACAGGUGUGUUCGUGCUAAAAUCAACAUUGCGAUGAUCUGUCAGACGCUGGUCAGUCCACCAGAGGGAGACAAAGACAUCAGCAGAGACAACCUCUUGUGCAAAAUCACAUAUGUUGCCAACGUGAAUCCUGGUGGCUGGGCUCCUGCAUCUGUCCUGAGAGCUGUCGCUAAGAGAGAAUAUCCUAAAUUCCUCAAGCGCUUCACUUCCUACGUCCAGGAGAAAACUGCCGGAAAGCCCAUCCUCUUCUGAGCAGCAGUUCCCAAGUUCUGCCACCAGUGUGCCCGAGCGCCCUACAGUUCCUGCACACUCCUCUAGCUACAGCGUCCUCUAGUGACAAGGAAGACUCAUUGUGUCCCCCUUUUCCUGGCUGUUCUGAAUGCAGCUCGUAGCGGCUCACAUCUUAAGACGCUUGAUGCAGUUCUGUAGCACUACACUAGCUCACACCGGCAGCGGAUUAGAGAUACCAAACAUCAAUGUCUGUUCCAUAUUUUCAGUCAGAGAUCUAUAUGUAAGUAUGUAUGUAAGUGAGAGAGGACGUUUAUAUAACAGAGUUAUUAAGCUGAUAAAACUAUUCUCUAUUAUUCCUGGUUAGCAUUUAGCAUUCGCUUUUCGAACAAACUUGUUUUUCUUAUGAUUAUCCGUUUACGUUCAGUGUCACCCUCUGCUGAUAAUUUCAGAUCCUUUCAGUCAUGUGUCAUGUCAAGUUUUAGAUAACCCAAGGCAUGGUUUAUAAAUGAAUUUAAGGGCUUUCAGUGGCCUGUGAAGUAUAAAUUAGCCUUUUUUUGGUCACAAUUUGUCUCUUUAAUGAAGCCCUGCGUCUGGCGCCGAUGAAGAGAAGUCAGAAUCGUGCUUAUGAUUUCGUUUUUUAGUCGUAUCCGUGUCUCAUCAACUGACACACCGCAGCACAUUUCAAGAUUGAUCGAUUUUAAAAUGCAUCAGGCCAACGUCGCAUGUGCAGAUUAUUUGUAAAUAGUUUCGUUGCUGUUGCUUCAUGUAUGUCAGAUCGUCAGUCCAUGCUUUUAUCGGACUAAUUCUAACUACAUAUGCCUUAGAGAGGGUAAGAUUGGUGUGUGUACUCGUGCGAGAUUGAGUGUGUGUUUGUGUCGGACAAACUAAAAGAGGUGUUUAUUCGAACUGUAAAAAUGUCUAGAGAAGUGCCUGAUUGAUCUGGUACAUCUAAAAACUUGAUCCGCGUCAUUUACGAAUCUACAGACUGAAACGCAUCUGCAUUUAAUGUUUAUACAAAAUUUCAUUUUGAUUUCUAACCUCUUAUUAUUAUUCAUAUGUGAUUUUGCAAUCAGCAAAUGGCAGAUUGUGCUAUCAGAGAAACGUCUCCUCAUUGGAGAAGCCUGAUGCCCAAUGUUUAAAGUCGGGAGCGUAGAUCAUAGGUAGUUGUAGAUGGGGCAAAAAUAGUUGUGUUUAUUUUCUUGAUCGAAUUUAUUCUUCCAAAGUUAAAGAAAUCGUCGAUGUUCACAAACACUCUUACAAAACAUAAGCUAAACUUAAAAUUAUUGUGUCGUUGUACAACAAAUAUGACGAGCUUUUAACUUUUUUUUUUGUGCUACAUUUUUCACUGUUCAAAUUUAAAAAAAAAGGAGAGAUUUCGCCCCUUGAUAGACUGUUAUAGACUAUAUAGAGGACGACCGCUUCACGGUAGCCAAGCGUAGCUGAGGUGCACAGCUGCAAGAUCUGAUAAUAUUUGGUGGCAUUUCGAUCAAUCUCGUACAACUGUAAACAUUCCAAACACUCACUAAAUGUACAGAAUGUACGAGUUCACCGAAGUGAACCCGUAAAACUAAUCCGAAUGUCGAAUGUACACGCCCAUGAUUUUGCCUCACCGGGGUAGUUCUGCACCUCUGAACUACUGGAGUGCGUGAGCUUGUGUGUGUCGCUCUCAUACAGUCUAGCGUGUGCUAUUAGUUGCGUUUGCACUGAAUGUAAUGUCAAUGGGGUUCAAAUGUUUUGUGUACAUUAAGUGUCACACUAUAAAGGUGUCAGGAUGAAAAUUUACUGUGAAUAGAGGGCACAUCCACAGUCCUGUUUAGAGAGGAAUAAAAUGAUUGACAUCUUUCUGCA